AUUUGUCGAUUUUGUGGCCUUGGACACAAUGCCACAAAAAUCGACAAAUAUUUGUGUAAAAUUAAGUUUUUUUUGGAAACAUUCGAACUAUUUUAAUAAAAAGAAACAUUUUUUUUCAUUUUUACAGACAUUUAUCAAAAUAAUGGCAAAAUUUAUAACAUACGAGGAGGAAUUAAAAAAAAAUCCCGAAUUGAAAGACAAUGAAAUUCAAUUGUUGAGGGAAUGGAACGAUAAACAGCCGCAUUUACCAAAAAUUCCUGAUAUCGAUUUAGCAUUGUUUUUGCAUAGUAAUUAUUAUUUAAUGGAACCAACGAAGACAACGAUUGAUUGUUAUUAUACAGUGAGAACACACGUGCCGGAAUUUUUUUCCAACAGACGAUUUAAAACGUCCAAGGAACUUCAGAAAAUAUCAAAUGUUGCUGUCACGACACAAUUGAAGGGAAAAACCAAGGACGGUCAUAAAAUAAUUUUUUGGAAACUAAUCGAUUCGGAUCCAUCGCAUUUUGUGCAUAUUGACAUUUUAAAAUAUUACUCAAUGAUUUUCGACGUUUGGCUACAUUCGGAAGGCACAACCAGUGGACAUGUUUUAUUGGCCGACAUGGCUGGCAUCUCCUUGGGACAUUGCGCUCGAUUAAGUCCCUUGACGUCAAAAAAGUUUAUGGUCUACCUUCAGGAUGCCCUUCCAGUGCGUCUAAAGGGAUUGCACUUUAUGAAUUCUAAUGCCGCAAUGGACGUUAUACUUCAAAUGAUAAGGCCAUUGAUGAAGAAGGAAUUAACUGAAGUGUUGCACGUUCACACCAAUAAUACUUCAUUAGCGAAACACAUUGACCUGGACAUAUUACCUAACGAGGCCGGUGGAAAGGCAGGACCCUUGAGUGAAUUUCAUGAUGCGAGAAAAAAGGAACUGGACGAUUACAGCGAUUGGUUUGAGCAAGACGAAAAAACGGCUCGUGUUCAAGAGACACUGCGUCCAGGAAAGGCAAAAAAUGCCACUGACCUCUUUGGCGCUGAGGGCAGUUUUAAAAAGCUCGACAUAGAUUAAAUUUUCAAUUCAUAAACAUAUGUUUAUCAGUAUUUUAACACAAAAAUAAUAUUUUAUUUAUACCAUUUCACGAAAAUUCUACUUUCUUAGAAAAUAUUAUUAUUUAUGGGCGAAAAUAUUCGAGUUGUCCACCUUUUUCUCCCUCUCCUUUCUUUAAAUUACUAAAUGUUUAAACUUUAAACUAUACUGAAAGUAUAUUGUUGCUUUUGACAAUAUUAAGAUUUUUUAGACAUGGUGGCGAAAAAUUCUGCUGUCUCAAUCUAUCAUUAACGCAAUUUUUGUAAUUCUUCUUUGUCAAUUUAGCCAAAUUGUAAACUUAACACCAAAGAGUAUAAUGGUUAACGUUAAAUGUUAAGUCUAACGUUAAUAUUUUAAGUUAAUGAAAAUCAAAGAAAGAAAAAAAGUUCUUUAAAAAGAAUUUUUAAAAAAAUACUUCUGGCCAAUAAGGUAGAAGCUAUCGAAUUUUUUUUUAUUAAGGAGAGAAAGAAUCAAUUAGAAUUAGAAAAAUGUGAGUCCUCUUUGUUCCCCCACUAUGAAUCUAGUGCCGAAAUGAGCGUGUCUUGUAAAAAAGGCGUGACCUAAAAUUCUAAUUUCUAGGUAUUUUUCUAAAAAAAUCAUAUACUUUGUAGCAUUUUUUUAUUUUUAAAGAUUGUUUUCUAAGGCAGUGUUAUUAUACGUUUCCUUCAAGGAAACAGCAUUUGUAAGAUGUUUGUGAAAAAUAAAAACAAUUCUAUA